AUGAAAGACGACGAAAGGAAGGGUGGGAGGCAAACAGCAAAGCCGCCGGGCUAUGGCUUGAUAGGCCAGCAAUGCACAAUUCCUGCCAGCGAACCCGUUGAUCUACUCUCGAGCUUCCCUAGAUCGUCCACUCUAGAGAUUAGGAUCCCCGACUCGGGCACGCUAUUACGCCUUGUUGUCGGCUUCUUCCAAGAGUACUCCGCCGAAAAGACCAUGGACUCACUCCGCUCUCUCAGCUCUCCCACUGCCACAGUUGUCCGGGCUGGGGAGUCCCAGGUCAUUCCAUCAGCUAACAUUGUGCCUGGUGAUAUUGUCGAGGUAAAAAUGGGAGAUACGAUCCCUGCCGAUAUAAGGCUGGUGGAUGCGAAAAACUUUGAGACGGACGAAGCCCUCUUAACUGGCGAGUCCUUACCAGUGCGCAAGUCCCAGCACCUGGUUUUUGACGAGAAAACUGGGCCCGGUGACCGUCUCAACGUCGCCUAUAGUAGCUCGACCGUCACAAAAGGGCGAGCUAGGGGAAUCGUCUUUGCCACUGGGCAGUUCACCGAGAUCGGUGCCAUCGCCUCAGCACUGAACCAGAAGGAGUCGAAAGUGCGGCCUGUAAAGCGCAAGCCCGAUGGGCAUGCCGGCCCACACCGUUACCUCGAGGCGUACACAUUAACCUUGGGUGACGUUAUUGGUCGCUUCCUCGGCGUGAACGUUGGUACACCCCUCCAGCGUAAGCUCAGUAAACUGGCCAUGUUGCUUUUUGCCAUUGCUAUCGUAUGCGCUAUUAUCGUGCUGGGGGCCAACAAAUUCAAUUCCCGUCAAGAAGUUAUUAUCUACGCUGUGGCUACUGGGCUCUCCAUGAUUCCGGCCAGCUUGGUCGUCGUCCUGACGAUUACCAUGGCCGCGGGAACAAAACGAAUGGUACAGAGACACGUCGUGGUUCGCAACCUGAAGUCUCUCGAGGCACUCGGAGCUGUAACAGAUAUUUGUAGCGACAAGACUGGUACCCUGACGCAGGGGAAGAUGGUUACACGUGCUGCGUGGGUGCCAGGAAUGGGAACAUACACCGUUGGGUCGUCCGAAGAGCCUUUCAAUCCGACUCUUGGGUCAAUAACCUUUGACUCCCGCAAACCAACCGAUAUUGACUUCAAAAAGACACGGGAUGGUACAUCCGGCGGCACCACAGUUCAUGCCGAGAAACUUAUGCAAGAUAGCACUAUCCGCCUCCAGGAUUUCUUGUUGGUUGCCUCUCUCGCCAACCUUGCGACAGUCCAUGAGAGCAGUGGAACUUGGCAUGCCCGCGGGGAUCCCACUGAGAUCGCCAUCCAGGUCUUUGCAAGCCGCUUCUCGCGCAAUCGACUCAACUUGGUCGGCGAGAAGAUGGAAUGGUCCGACGUGGCUGAGCUCCCAUUCGACAGCGACGUCAAGCGUAUGAGCGUCAUCAUGAAGAACACCAGCACUGGGAAAAACUGGGCGUUCACGAAGGGUGCUGUCGAACGUGUCAUUGGAGCCUGCACGAGGUACUGCUUCCGCGAUGUCGAGGAUGAGAGCGCAUAUCACGAGAUGACAGAUGAUUACCGCGAGGAGAUUCUCCGCAACAUGGAGAGCCUAGCCAGCAUGGGCCUGCGCGUGCUGGCGCUGGCUAGCCGCCAGGUCGAUCUCCAUAUCGAGCCCGGGGCCGACGUCGACCGCGCGCAAGUCGAGAAGGACCUGACGUUCCGCGGUCUCGUCGGACUAUACGAUCCACCGCGCGCUGAGUCGGCACCUGCGGUCCGCAGCUGCCACGAAGCCGGUAUCUCUGUACAUAUGCUCACUGGCGACCACCCAGAAACAGCGAAGGCUAUUGCUGUUGAAGUGGGUAUCCUGCCGUCGCGCAUGGAGCAGGUCAGUGCGGACGUGGCAGCGGCUAUGGUUAUGACGGCAAGUGCAUUCGACGCCUUGUCAGAAGAUGAGAUCGAUGCAUUGCCCGUACUUCCGCUGGUUAUCGCACGCUGCGCUCCGAGUACGAAGGUCCGCAUGAUUGAAGCGCUUCACCGACGCGGUAAAUUCUGUGCCAUGACUGGUGACGGCGUGAACGACUCCCCCUCCCUGCGCCGUGCUGACGUGGGUAUUGCGAUGGGCGAGUCGGGGUCUGACGUAGCCAAAGACGCCUCAGAUAUUGUUUUGAUGGACGACAACUUUGCCUCGAUCGUUGCCGCUAUAGAGGAGGGCCGUCGUAUAUUCGAUAAUAUCCAGAAAUUUGUGCUCCACGUCCUGGCUGAAAAUAUCGCCCAGGCAGGCACCCUAUUGAUUGGCCUUGUAUUCAAGGACGGUAGUGGCCUGUCAGUCUUCCCCUUGGCACCUGUGGAAAUUAUUUGGAUCAUUAUGGUCACCUCAGGUAUGCCAGAUAUGGGUCUUGGGUUUGAACGGGCCGUUCCUGGCAUAAUGAAACGGCCCCCACAAAGUCUUAAGACUGGUAUUUUUACACCCGAAUUCCUCGUCGAUAUGGUGGUAUAUGGACUUUGGAUUACCGCCUUGUGUCUCGCUACCUUUUCGUUGGUGGUAUUUGGGUUUGGGGACGGCGACCUUGGUAUAAACUGCAACGAAUCAUACUCGAAAAGUUGUAAUACCGUCUUCCGCGCCCGUGCGACAACGUUUGCGACGUUAACUUGGUUUGCUCUUUUCCUGGCUUGGGAAAUGAUUGAUAUGCGUCGAUCGUUCUUCCGCAUGCAACCUGGCAGUAAGAGGUAUUUUACCCAAUGGAUAUUCGAUAUUUGGCGGAACAAAUUCCUGUUCUGGGCCAUCGUCUUUGGUUUCGUCACACUUUUCCCUACGCUCUAUAUCCCGGUCCUGAACCACGCCGUGUUUAAGCACACAGGUAUUAGUUGGGAGUGGGGUAUUGUGUUCAUCGCUGCAGGUCUCUUCUUUACCGGUGUAGAGAGCUGGAAAUGGGCAAAACGAAUCUACUUCCGCCGCCAGGCCAAGAAGUCACAUGGAAAUUCUUGGAAGGACCUAGACAUCGAGGAGCGUGUCUUUGGUGACUACCUGACGGGCAGUGAUUCGCAAAGCAGUGGCGAGGAAAAGGCGUCUCCGGCGCAGGCCCACGGCGUGGAAUGA